UAGUCGAGUGUUGAUGACGUCAAGUAUGCGACACGAGUUCAUGCCUGCAGUUGUGUUUAAGUUUUGACAAGGCAGUUAUUUGCAGUGAUAGAAGCUAUUUUUGUUAUUUAUUUUUACAGUCAAGGGUAACUGUGAGCCGCGUACACGGGAUUUGGAUUAUCUAGAAAGCUACCGUGAGCGAAAUCGUUUUUUAAAAGUCAUUUUGAAACAGCAAGGUUAGCUAGCUAGGCUCAUUUCAGGUCAUUGAGUCACAUAAAUGACAGCAAGUGCUAUUUUGUUUAGUUUAGUUUAGUUUAGUUUUGUUUAUAAAGACAGUUUGUAUUCUGUAUGUAAGAUAUGAUCAAAUCUGUGAGUAGAUCUUAAGUUUAGUAAUCAUUCAUUUACUUUCAUUUUUAACAAGCCCAGAAAUAAUCAGUCUGAACAUGAGCUCUCCCUUCAUAUUGAAAAUGAGAAUAUUAUUGAAAUCCUUCACACCCUUUCCUCACCAGAGAAGUUCAGCUGUAACAAUACUGUCUGUGUGUAAGCCCUCACAGCUGCCUCUUUCAGUACGCUUUCUGUGCACAAGAGAUCCAAACCCAAAAGGACGACAGGCACACACAAAGAACAAUGGACAGGGGGUUGUGAAAAAGAGUACCACCACAAGUAGGACAGAGGGAUCAUGGAAUGAUGGUGGGACGGGAAGAGGUAAAACAUCGACUGUUCGGCAGAGUCCUAUCUUCCCUAAAUCUGUGUUUGCUGCUGGGACGGCGAAGAGGACAACAGAGAUGUUGAUGAAGAAAUCAGCUGUGGUCUCUCAGGAUCACAAUCUGCAUGUAGCGGAGCCUGAAGGGAUGACAACUAGAAGAGCAGCAAAGAUGCAGCCUCCUGACCGGCCGCUCUCUGCUGCUGAGUGGAAGAAGAUGAAGGAGUCUUUGGGAAAUUCAGAACGCUUUGGCACCGGGAUGAUGAGCGCACUUUAUAGCUCUGGGGCAGAUCUUGAUAUUGCCAAAUCCCUGCUGACUUUUGUAGCCAUGGAAACGGGGACGCUGUCCUAUGAGCUGCUGCUGAGGUACCUGACGCUCUGUGUGAGUGGAGGCCAUGACAACGAGGUGUUUGAUGUCUACAACAUUAUGCUAGGAAGUUUCCCUUCUCUGGAGACGGGAGCCUCCAGCCUCUUCAUCAAGUCCUUCGGCAGGACAGCGCGGUGGAGGGAGGCUGUCAACAUCCUGCACAGGCUUAAGAAGAUCUUUACCCCAUCACAACGCAACUAUAGUGAUGUCAUCUCAGCAGCCAUGUUACACGGGGACACGACCACUGCCUGGGCUCUUUAUGAUGAGUUAAUAGAAAAGGGUCUGAGCCCAAUCCAGGAGACCUGGGAUGCUUUGUUUAAGGGCCAUAGCUCAAUUCAUGAAGAAGAGGGGACGGAGGCACAGACUAUGUCUCAGUCUGACGUCCAGGAAAGGUUGCUGGGGAUUCUGCUCUCUAUGAGGAUCAACCAGAUCUACCCACAGCACAGCCUGGCCAGCAGCAUCAAGACCUGGUUUGAGAGCCUCACAGGAGAGCACUGGUCCGGGAGUUGGACCGAUGCCAGCCCAAAGGGUGUGUGUAGGUGCUGUGGGUCUGCACUAGAGUCCAUCCAGCUGACUCAGGAAGAGUACCAUCAGCUCAAAUACAGAGUGAUGUCUGACAUCAUCGAGGGAAAAGAUGUUUUUAACAAGACUACACCAGAGGAGUUGGAGAAGUUCAAGGGAUUUGUGAAGAAGAAGCCCACUUUCGAUGUUGUUGUGGAUGGACUGAACGUAGCAAACUUCAGCAAGGACAAAAGCAAAAUGUCAGAGAUGUUGUUGGCGGUGGUGUCAGAGCUGGAGCAUCAGGGCCUCUCUGUUCUAGUGUUGGGGAGGAAGCACAUGCUGCGGCCCUCCAGAUCCUGGGAGAGACACAACAUGGACCUGAUCAGGCAGAAAGCUCAUUGCUUUUUCACUGACAAUAUCUCAGAAGAUGACCCUUUCUUGUUGUAUGCCACCUUGCAUUCUGGGAACCACUGUAAGUUUGUGAGCAGGGACCUGAUGAGGGACCACAAGGCUUGCCUGCCAGACGGAGCCGCCAGACAGCUCUUCUUCAAAUGGCAGAGAGGCCACCAGCUGGUUGUGGAUGGGUUUGUUGCUUUGGGCAGGAGAGUCCGAUUUCAGAGUAUUCCCAGCUAUGACACCAUCGUUCAGUCUACAGCAGACUCGUGGCACCUUCCCUACGAUGACACAGACGACAGGUGCACCUAUGAAGUACCACAACGAUGGCUCUGCCUCAUCAAAAAGCACUAACCUAUAUGCUUUCAAACUUUCAGGCUGUAAAUAAAAUAUUUUCUACAAACAACUAA